UCAUGUGAUUGUACGGGAUUAUCGAAAUAAGGAUAAAUGGAUUAACGGACAGAUUAGAUCAAAAUUAGGACCGUUAUCUUAUGAAGUCACCACAGAACAAGGAAGUGUGUGGAAAAGACACUUCGAUCAAAUGCGCGAUUCAAAACCGAAACCUGAUGAACAGUGUUCUUUAAAUGACCCUAUGGCAGAAAUAUGUGAACAACAAGAGUCUGUAACUUCUGACUCAAACACGCCAUGCAGCGAGUCUCCGGCCAGUACACACAUAGAAAACACGCCAUGCAGCGAGUCUCCGGCCAGUACACACAUAGAAAACACGCCAUGCAGCGAGUCUCCGGCCAGUACACACACAGAAAACACGCCAUGCAGCGAGUCUCCGGCCAGUACACACACAGAAAACGUGACGUCCGAACAACCGUUAAAUAAACAUUAUCCGAUGCGUGUGCGAAAACAAACCAAAAGACUCAUUGAAGAGUGUUGACUUUGUACAUAAACAUUGUAACAUUAACAUAAUCUGAUGAACUUUAAUUAUCAAUUAAGUAGAAUAGUUUUGUUUUCUUUUGAAUAUUACAAAUGUUUUAUGUUCAUAAAAUAGAAGGGAGGAAUUGUCAUAUAUGUAUUAUUUUAAAGUUCUAUAUUCCAAAGUUCACACCUGCAUCUCCAACAUAAAUAAAACAAUGUUAGGAUAGUAAUUGAUUCUGACAGUCACUAAUGGGUAACCUAUUAAAAGCGCUGACUCUCCAGAACUUGAUAUUUGAUACUCUGUGAAACUCUUGUAUUGUCAGUUAAUAAAAUGUAGCCACAGUGAACAGACGUGUUUGUAUAGAUUCAUACACAACAAAGACCACCAGAAAGAAGGGAAGAACAAGAGGACACAGAGUGUGAAAGACCACAAAAAAGAAAGAAAGAACAAGAGAGACCUCCAUUCAGAAGCAAAGAGUUAACCAAUGAUCAAUUCUCAUUGUUACCAAUAAUCAAGGCUUCCCACCAUGUUCUCCCAAAAUCAAGCAGGACACCCGAUACCAUGUUUGUGGGGAGGUCCUUUAUAGAAAGGACUUUUAUUCGUUAUUGAACAACAACUGGCUGAAUGAUAAGAUGGUCUGUCCAUCUGUGGACAUUUCUUUCCAGACUAUAUCUGUGAGGGUAAUCAAUGCAUUUUUGGCUUUGCUGAUGAGGAUGAAUAAUGCAAAUGAUUCCCAUCACAUAUUUGCAUUACCUUCGUACCUGGCAGUUCUUUGGGAGAAUGGCAGAUUUAACUGGCUUUAUAAGCAGAUUAAAGGAUUAAUGAAAUGGAUAUUUCAAAAUUCCAAUUAAGUGGAAAGGAAUGGCAGUGCCCAGACGAAAAUUGUCAGAAAAAAUUAAGUCGCAAGCAAACACUCAUAACCCAUAUUCAGUGUUAUCAUAAGAACCUUGCUAGUAAUCUUGGUGUAAGCAAGGUUCAACGUACAUACAAAAAGUAUGAAUUUGACUCAUCAGAAUCGGUGCCCAGGAGUACUUAUUUCUGGAAGAAAAGGAAGUUCAGUGACACUGCAAAUAAUGAAGAAGAUAUGGAGCAAGGUCAUAUUCCUUGCAACUCACAAGAAUUAGAUCAUGGAUGUGUUGAUGAUCAAGGUGAAAAUGUUCAAGAAGAAGAGGAAUUAAUACAGAAUUUGCCGACAGAUGUUGACAACUCAUACAGUGAUGAUGAUAUGUCUUUUUCAUCAGAUUUGAGUGUUGGAACUGAUAUUGUAAGCGAGGAUGGAAGCUAUUCUUCUGAUGAACAUGAUGAUGGUCGUGCUGAAAAUGAGGAUAACUCAACAAAAACGAAUGACCCUCCUUUGUAUGUCAUUCCACCUCAACAGCAUCUAUAUAAGAGUUCAGUCACAAAAUCUGAACAUCUGUUAGCUGCUAGUGCAUUAGCCACAAGGCACAAUCUCUCACAAACAGCAAUGUCAGAUAUCCUGGAUUUUAUUCAGCUUCAUAUUCCUGAUGAAAAUAUAGGCGAAACAUCUGUUGCAAAGUUGAAAGAUGAGUGUGGAUUCGGUCCAAAUCAACUUCAAUAUCAUUUAUAUUGUGAUGGUUGCAAAAAAGGCUUUAAUGGGAAUGAGGAUAACUGUCAAACACCUGAAUGCCAAGGAUCAAAAACAAAUCCAGAAUUCAAAAAAUACUUUGUGACCAGCAAACUUGAAGAACAGUUAAAGGAUAUAUUUGAAUGUCCUGGCAUUUGGGAAUUGAUUAAACAUUCAAAUGGACAUAAUCUGCAAAGUGAUAUCAUUUCUGAUAUAAAGAGUGGAUUAGGUUACCAGAAACUCCAACAUCCUGGAGGUUUUCUCCACAUGUCUUCAAACAUCACUCUAACUUUAUUUACAGAUGGCAUACCCUUGUUUAGCAGCUCAUCUGUGUCAUUAUGGCCAGUUUAUCUCCUCAUCAAUGAACUGUCACCCAAAGAACGAUUUCAGAGGACAAAUAUGGUUCUUUGGGGAAUUUGGCAAGGCGUGGGGAAACCAAAAAUGUGCAUGCUUUUACGACACCUUGUCCUUGAUCUCCUUAUUUUAUAUAACUAUGGAGUCACAUUCACAGUGGAAGGACAAACAAUAACAUCAAAAGCCAUGUUGGUUGUUGCUACAAUGGAUCUGCAAGCACGUUCAUAUGUACUGAAUAUGACUCAACAUAAUGGUGUAAAUGGGUGUUUAUAUUGUAAAGAGCCAGGAGUUGUUGUAAGUAGUGGAAAGGGUACCUGCAGAUCAUAUCCUUACAUUAAAACUCCUGUGAUGCGAUCAGAAUCAGAUGCUAGGAAUAGUGCUAAAGCUGCCCGAAUUUCUGGACAAAGAGUUGAAGGCUUUUUUGGUGAAAAUGUUCUUAUGUACUUGCCGUAUUUCUGUAUGACAACAAAUGUGACUAUUGACUAUAUGCAUGGUGCUUUACUAGGAGUGUGCAAAAAACUUCUGCAAUUGUGGUUUGAUAGUAAAAAUAAAACUGAACCUUGGUACAUUGGGGAAAAGAUCAGAAUAAUGGACAAUAUGUUGAAGGAGAUCAAGCCUCCCUACUUUAUACAUAGGCGUCCAAGGAUCCUCUCAAACACUUACUCUCACUGAAAGGCUUCAGAACUUAGAAACUGGUUACUGUUUUUCGCCUUGCCAUGUUUGAAGGGACAUUUACAUGACAUUUACCUUAUGCAUUUCAGCUGUUUGGUCGAGGCAGUAUAUACAUUACUGAGUGAAAGAAUUUCUUCAUCAGAUCUGUUAAGAGCUGAGACAUUACUUAAUGCUUUCUGCUCAAAUAUGUCUUCAUUAUAUGGAAACCACCUAAUGAGCCUUAAUGUGCAUAACCUUACACAUCUUGCAUCUUUUGUUAAAUUAUGGGGGCCUCUUUGGUGUUGGUCGUGCUUUGCAUUUGAAUCAUUUAAUGGUGAAAUAAA